CCUCCACUCCAACGCCUCUUCUUCAGUUGUUCAUCCUCAAACCCUAACCCCCGAAAAAAACCCUAGGAGAGAGAAAAUCAACACCAUCAACAAUGAAGCAAGUACUAUCCUCCGACUCCAUGGAAAUCCCAGAUGGGAUAGACAUCAAAGUCGACGCUAAGAUCAUCGUCGUUUCUGGUCCAAGGGGUACUCUCACCCGCAACUUCAAGCAUCUGAACCUCGAUUUUCAAUUGGUUACUGAUGAAGAAGGCAAGAAGAAGUUGAACAUUGAUUCGUGGUUCGGUACCAGGAAAACUUCUGCUGCUAUUCGUACUGCUAUCAGUCAUAUUGAGAAUCUCAUAACUGGUGUUACCAAGGGUUAUCGAUACAAAAUGAGGAUGGUUUACGCUCAUUUUCCCAUCAAUGCUAGUAUUACAAACUCUAACAAGAGUAUUGAGAUCCGUAACUUUCUUGGCGAGAAAAGGGUCAGGAAGGUUGACAUGUUGGAAGGUGUUACCAUCUUGAGGUCCGAGAAGGUUAAGGAUGAGCUUGUCUUGGAUGGAAGCGACAUUGAACUUGUUUCUCGAUCUGCUGCUCUGAUUAACCAGAAAUGUCAUGUUAAGAACAAGGAUAUCAGGAAGUUCCUCGACGGUAUCUACGUGAGCGAGAAGGGAAGGAUUGUUGAAGAGGAGUAACUAUGGUUGAGGCAGUAGGAAUAUGUGUCUUAUUUGUGGUGUUUUUUCUUUUCUUGGAUCUACCUAGAAUUGAAGUUUUUGGUCUCAACUUGCGUCAGACACAAUUAAUAGAUUGUUUCAAGUCUCUUUAUUACAAUUUUGUGUUGAGGAUGCUGAAUGAAAAGGAUAUGUUUAGGCAAUUCUUCCUUUGUGUUUGUACACCACAGCUUGAUUUUUUGUUCUAUAAUAUGUUCUUGUGUUAGCUUCC